AUGGAUCUUUUAUCGAAACCCGAAGUGAGUGCCGUCGUCGAGUACGACUACACGGCAAAGGAACCGGACGAGCUGACGUUGAAAAAGGGUGCCAUCAUUACGAACAUCAAAGUGCAGGAUGGCGGCUGGUGGGAGGGCACACUGGUCGCUACCGGCCGCACCGGAGUGUUUCCGGACAACUUUGUCCGUGUGCUAGAAUCGCAGGAUAAGAACCAAGUCGUCCUCAGGGAUAAAAGUGCAACACUGAACCGAAGGUGUAAGGUCAUUUACAGCUAUCAGGAAAACAAAGCGGACGAGCUGACGCUAGCAGUUGGUGAUGUUAUUGAAUUUUUUGAAGAGGUCGAAGAAGGAUGGUGGCGUGGUAAGCUGAACGGGCGAGUGGGUGUGUUUCCGUCCAAUUUCGUAGAAAUGAUCGAAUCCGUAUCGCCCAAAUCGUCCAGCCGGAAGAGUGGUAACGUCGGUGGGCUGGGCGUAACGGCGAUCGACAGUACUACCGGCCUGGCAGGAACCGGGUCGUUAGGGAUGAGUCUAUCGAAAAACAACAGCCUCAACAAAAGCCGUACCAGCUUGAAUAGCUCGCGGGAAGAUCUUGAUCGGCACGAUGCCCCUUCGCUACCGCCAAAACCGGUGCGGGACCUGUGUAAGGUACUGUUCGCCUAUCAACCUGCCAACGAGGACGAGCUGAAGCUGGUGGAGGGUGACAUCAUAACGAUCCUCUCGAAGGAGCUACCGGAUAAGGGCUGGUGGAAGGGUGAACUUCGCGGGCGGGUUGGCGUAUUUCCGGACAACUUCGUUUCGUUACUGCCCCCGGAAGGUGGCAAAUCGUCGGCUAACAUAUCGGCCUCGGUACGGUCCAUUGCCAGCACGACAACCGGCACCGGUAGUCUACACCAUCCGGGUGUAGUGUCGCCGGUUAAGGAUCCGCUACACGUUCCGAAACCGGACCGUCCACCCACGGCCACCAAGAUGCAAAUGUUUGGCAAGCAAACGUCAACCAAUACGUCCUCUACCACGGCCUACCGUAAGGAAAGUUUCGGUUCGAAAGAUUCGUUGAACGAAUCAACCGGCAGUGUUGGGAGUGUUGGUGGCGCUGGUUCGGUGACCGGUUCACCGACGUAUAACAGCGUUGCGGCACAUCGGAAAUCACUCGAAAGCAAGGGCACGGAAAAUUCAGCAUCACCGGUGGCGGGUGUCGUUGGUGGAAGCAUCGUGACGGAGAAACCUCCGCGCAAAAGCUUGGAAAACAAGGCGUCGGAGAUACGCAAAAGUUUGGAAAAUCUGGACGAUAAAAAGGCUACACCACCACCGGUGCUGGGGAAAAAGCCACAAGUUCCCAUAAAAAAAUCACCUUCCAUUACCAGCGUAACAGGGAACCUGUUUUCCGGGUUAAAGCAAAAAGUAAAAGGUGGUGGACCAUCCGUGGAAAAGGACAAAUCGUCGGACGAACGGGAUGGUAUUGGUGGCAGCAAGGUGAGGUCGGAGAUUGCCGACAACGGAGACCGAUCGAUCGUUGGCGAACGGAUCGAGGUGGAGCUGGGUCACGUUGAGCGUGGCACCUCGGUACUGAAGGAUAUGCGAGCGAACCGAGCGAAAGCUCCGAAACGACGGCCGCCCUCAUCUCCGAGCAGUAUUAUAACAACCGAUCCGAAUACCACCGGUAUUACCGCCAACGGUAGUGGUGGUGCUUCGUUGAGCAAUGGCAAUUCCGGACUCUUCAAUCAACUAUCUCUAUCGUUCGAGUCGGAAAGUCCAAAACCAGACGUGACAGCCACCGGAGGGCCACCGAGCGCUAACAAUUCCUUCGGUUCCAGUUCCAUCGUGUCGGCGGGAGACGGUGAAGAAUCGGCACCAAAGGUACCGAAACCACGCGAGUGGGAAAAGAACAAAGUACCGUGGAUGGACGAGUUGAAAGCGAGCCAGGCGAAGAAGACGACUGCCGCGGAAAGCAAAUCACCCGAGCAUCAUCACCAUGUGACGUCCUCGCAAAACACCAGCACCAACAAUAGUCACGUUCAUCACCAGGAGGAGACGAGCAUUUCCAAAUCAUUCCAUGCGAGCACCACUUCCAGCACCGGCACACCGCCAGUACCGUCGUGUAAUGCCGUCCGUGCCCGGCUAAUGGAACGAUCCGCCACAACGACGAGCGUCCCUUCGGAGAGCAAUCACACCAGCAGUACCAGCAAUAUGAAUAGUUCCUUCGAUCUGAUUGCGUCGUGCAAUCGUAAGGAGACGGCCACUGCUAACGUCAGCAGUAGCGGUAGUUCGCAGCAACAGUCAACCGUCGAUACAUCCAACGUGAGCGCCAUGACCAAAUCGAUGUCCGCUCUGUCAACCACCACGACCAAAAUUGCCAUUUCCUCCUCAUCCACCGGUACGGUCUCCUCGACAACAGCGGUCACCGAAAACAACGGCACACACGAACUAUCAUCAUCAUCGGCAGUGGGUACCACCGCACCUUCACCAAACAGCCGUCCCGUCAGUGUGAACCUCCGGAACACCAGCAUUUCGCCAACGCCACAGAACCGCAAUGCGAAAACGAUUCACAUUAUGGGCAGUGGUAGCACGAACACCACCGCCGGCAAACCCUCGUCGACCGAAUCGGUGAACGCAGUUCCGAUCUCGAUGGAGAACGUGUGCGGACGGGUACAGGAACUGGAGCAGAAGGUAAACCGCAUGGAGCGACAGCUGGCGACACAGAACGGACUGAUCGAGGAGCUGACGCGCAUGCUGCGUGGCGAGUCGGAUAAGGUGAAGACGCUUCAGAAGGAACUAGAAAAGUACGCCCAAUGCGUCACGCAGGUAUGA